CCGAUCUUUUCCUCUUCGUACACGUUCACGUUCGCCGUAUAUACAUACAUACAUACAUAAUACACUUAUUGUCACACGUUAAUUGGCAUUUAAUUAAACGUGGAGCGUCGCCAUGGCUGUUAUUCCACUGUGAACGCUCGACUCGCGAGGUUCUACGAAUCGCGAAUAAACCGCAUCGCAUCCCGUAAAAAAAAGAAAGAAUUGCAAUUGAAAAACAAAGGCACAGCGCGCUCAAGAAUAAAGGAUAUAUUUUUUCGAUUCAAUUAACUGAUGUAAUUUCGCGAAAGUACUUGCUGCAAACCGGUUUUCGAACCAAGUACCGAUUUUGGCGAACAAAAAAAAGUGUAGAUGCUAUCUGCGCGCAAAUCUCAAAACUCGGAUCAUACGAUAUUUUCUAUGUGCAGGUCGCGACCGAUGUCUGGUUAUAUUGAGUAGAACGCAAUAAUAUAUAGCCACCACCGAUCGGUCGGAGCGAAAGAGAGGCGAGAGGAGAGAGAGCAAGAGAAUCGGCUAUCAGCAUCCGAAAAAGAGAGGGAACUCUGGAGCGUCGUCUCCAUUUUUCAUAUUUCUUUUUCUGCCUUCGGUUUUGCACUAGCACUUUGUACUAGUCGCUGCCGCUAAAAGGGUCGCGCUGUUCUCUGUUCGCCGCGUUUAAUCAUCAGGGUCAACUGAAAACAAUACACAGACAUAGCGAGCACUUCCGAUCACUUGCCCGCCGGCUGAUGCCGGAGCAUCAUCACCCACUACCGAUUAAGAUCCAGACCAAGUCCACAACAUAAUCGCCAAGCCAUGUUGACGACCGUCCUGAACUUUGCCCAACGCGUCGCCGAGAUCUCAUUGCUCGGCGGCAUCGAGAUUGCAUCAGUUGCCCUUAUUGUCUACUACAUAUUCGCCAAGACGAGGGCCCCCGUUAUCAUCGCUGGCCUGUUUCCCAACCUGAAUCUGAGCUACCGGACAAGCUACCUUAGCAAGAUCAACAACAUUCGCAGCGAUCUCCUGGUCACUUUGCGAUCAUCCAAUGAGCCCAAGACGCAGAAUUCCGUGGCACACGGCAUCGGGACGCAGAACAUGUUGGAGUUGACCCCGAAGUCGGGUCAGAAGCCCUUCAAAAAGCUCCUCGACUGGGGCGUGCUCUUUCCAUAUGUUGCCCAGGUGGUGCGCAGCGAGAAGUUCGACUACCGACAGGUCACUGAGAUCGUGCACAACGAUGUUGUGCUGAAGCAUGCCAUUAAACAAGCCGCUGAGCUGUCUCUCAGGGAGCAGCGGUAUGCUAAAAAUGGCCAUCGACUGCUCACGCGCAGCGCUAGCGGGGAUCAGGAGGGUCAGACGGAGGAAGACGAGAAGGUGGGCACUUCCUACCAGGCCAUAUUGCGAAAGCAGGAGCAGCGCGCCAUCAGCAUUCUGAAGGACAUGGGCUCCACCCUGAACAACGGCCUACUGGCCUUCACCUCCUGGAUCCUGUACAAGCUGCUCCCGUGCUUCCUGUCCGGCGUCGUGACCGACACCAAGCAGAUCGAGAUGCUCAAAACCGCCACCGAGCGUUCGCCCGGCACCCCGUUGAUCUUUGUGCCGCUGCAUCGCAGCCACUUGGACUACAUCAUGGUCACCUGGAUACUCACCAACAAUGAUAUACGCAGUCCGCUGGUGGCAGCCGGCAAUAAUCUACAAAUACCCGUUUUCGGAGGACUCCUUCGUGGUCUUGGCGCGUUCUUUAUCAAACGCAAAAUCGAUCCAGUGGAAGGCAAGAAGGAUGUGCUGUAUAGGGCUGCCCUACACCUAUAUCUCACCCAUGCCCUGAAGCAAGGCCACAAUGUGGAGUUCUUUAUCGAGGGCGGACGUACGCGCACCGGAAAGCCGUGCAUGCCCAAGGGCGGCAUUCUCUCCGUGAUUGUGAACGCCUUCAUGGACGGAAGCAUUCCGGACGCCCUGCUGGUGCCCGUGUCCGUGAACUACGAGCGGCUCGUCGACGGCAACUUCGUGCGCGAGCAGAAGGGUGAGAAGAAGAUACCCGAGUCCUUCAGCAAGGCCAUUUCGGGCAUUUGGAAGGCGCUGAAAUCGAACUAUGGCCUCAUGCGCAUCGACUUCAACGAACCGUACUCGAUACGGGAGCUGGUCAACUCGUACAACAAGAUAGCCCGCGAGGAUGGCAACAUGGCGAAGGUCUACAAGCCAGCUGCCAGAACCCUGCAGCACAAUCAGUCCACAUCCUCGCUUUACGGCACCGAUGUUGUCUGCGAGGAACACCGCAAUCUCAUCGAAAGCAUCUCGCGCCAGGUGGUCUUUGACUGUGCCGCCGCCACCUCUGUGAUGUCCACCAAUGCGCUGGCCUUUUUGCUACUCACCCGAUUCAGAAACGGAGCCGAGGAGCAGAUUCUGGCCGAGGCCCUGGACGACUUGCGAAACUCAUUGUACGGCUGCAAGGACAUUGGCUUUUCCGGGGAAUCGUCACAGAUCUUGGCAUAUGCCUGUGACCUACUUGGUUCAGGUCUUGUAAGUCGCACUCGGGAUGAGAAUGGGCGUUUGGUGAUUAGGGCUGUGAAUUCCGUGGAAAGUUUUAUUGAGCUGGCCUACUACUCCAACAUGCUGACCCCGCACUUUGCCCUCAGUUCGAUACUGAUGGCCACCUUCCAUUCGCUGCUCCCGGAGGUGGAGAACAAGAAAGCGGCUGGAGUGUCGCGCAAAAAGCUGAUGGACACCGCCCUGGAGAACUGCCAGAUCUAUCGCUACGAGUUCAUACUGAACAAACCGACUCAAGUGCUGGAGAGUUUGCUGCACAAACAGUUGGACGACCUCUUGAUAAGUGGUUGCAUUCGCUCAGAGACGGUGCCCGAUGAUUUGCCAAAUGCAGCGGAAAGCAGGCGCUUGGCUCAGAGCCUGGCAGCUGACUGUCUGGACGACGACGAUGACGACUACCUCCAUGUGCGCAACGGCGAAUCUGAUGAGCCCCAGUUGCUGUUCGCCAGCGAAACCCUGCAGCAGCAGCGCUACAUCUGCGAGGUGCUGGCGCCCUUCGCCUGGACGUAUGUGACGGUGGCGCAAUCCCUGCAGAUACUCCACCGAAACUCCAUGCUGGAGUCGGCAUUUAUAAGCUUUGUGAUCAACGAUUUGAGCAGCAAGGUCAAGCGCGGCAGCUGCAUCUAUGCUGAAAGCAUAUCAACGGACUCCGUGCGCAACUGCCUGAAACUGUUGGAGAAAUGGUCUGUGAUCGAGGUGUGCAACCAGCAGGGCAUGCGCCUGAUCUCACUCAACACGCUCUACGAGAUGUCUCGGGAGUCCCUCAACACGAUCGUCAAGAAGAUUGACGCCAUAGUGCCAAAAUUCAAUUCUAGCUACUUUCAUGUAACGCCUUAACCAACGGGGCUCGCUUUAUUUUUUGGCACUCACUCUUUUUUUAUCCUUGUAUAGUGCAUAUCCACUUAAGUUUAAAGUGCAUACUCCUAGAUCUUAGACUUAGAUAUGUCUAGUUUUAUAGUCAUACGAGUUUAUAUAUGCCAAAGUGCUAGCUUUACUGUAACUGAGCGACAAACAGUGAAAUAUGAACAAAUUUCUAAUGUAUAAUUUAAACAACAUUUUCUAUGAGCUACCAGAGAGCGGCAAACGAAGAACAAUACAAUACAAAUCAUCUAUACUGAACUGAUUGAUUAAAGUUUAUAAUUUUAUAAAUUAGGCAAAUAGAACAGCUUACAAAAUA